UUAGCCGCGCAUACCCGUUUACCCGCUCAGAAGCUAUUUGGAACAAAACAAAGUAUUUAAGCCACAUUUCAAAUUAAUUUAUGUUGCAUUUAACAGACUAGAAAUCGAUAACGUCAUUGGUAACGUUUCGAAGAAAGGGCGCUAUGGGGAAAAGUAGCAAAAUAACCGUGAGACUAUUACUCAUCUGAAAUAUCCGGUGUGCCCCGGACACAUAACCGAACGCACCCGGCACAACGCGGGAAACGCUGUUGUGUUGGUUCGGUAGCGGCUUCUACUGAGGAGCAACCGCCGCGCCAACACUUAGAUUUACGUUGGUCCACCAACGGAGCGUACACACGUUAGUUUCUUUCGUUUUCGUUAGUAGAGCUUUGUGCCCGAAAGACUCUCUUCUCGACCCCAUCUUCUCGUUUGAAGCGUUCCCGGCUUGCAUGACGGAAGCAGCCGGAGUAGCAGUCGGUCGGUCCCCGCGUUGUCCCCUAACGUCUGUCCCUGUAGCCGUUAGCUCCGACACAAAGAGAGCAGCCGUGCUAGGCUGCUAACCCCACAACAAAGUUCUGCCGGGUGUUUACCUUCAGUAUGGAUACGUUUCAAAAGGUGGAGAAAAUAGGAGAAGGGACGUACGGAGUGGUUUACAAGGCCAAGAACAAAGUGACAGGAGAAACUGUUGCUCUGAAGAAAAUCAGACUGGACACGGAAACGGAGGGCGUUCCCAGCACAGCCAUCCGAGAAAUUUCCCUUCUAAAAGAACUCAGCCAUCCAAAUAUUGUCAAGCUGCGAGAUGUGAUUCACACCGAGAACAAACUUUACCUCGUUUUUGAGUUCCUCCAUCAAGAUCUGAAAAAGUUCAUGGACUCUUCGUCAGUCACUGGCAUCCCACUGCCUUUGGUUAAGAGCUAUCUCUUCCAGCUGCUGCAAGGCCUGGCCUUCUGCCACUCUCACAGAGUUCUGCAUCGAGACCUGAAGCCCCAGAACCUCCUUAUCAACGCCCAAGGAGAGAUCAAGCUGGCGGACUUCGGCCUCGCAAGGGCCUUCGGCGUUCCCGUUCGCACUUACACACACGAGGUUGUCACACUUUGGUACAGAGCACCAGAAAUUCUCCUGGGCUGCAAAUAUUACUCCACGGCCGUUGACAUCUGGAGUCUGGGGUGCAUCUUUGCCGAAAUGGUCACCAGGAGGGCGUUGUUCCCCGGUGACUCGGAGAUAGACCAGUUGUUCAGAAUCUUCCGUACGUUGGGAACGCCAGAUGAAACCGUGUGGCCUGGAGUCACGUCGAUGCCCGACUACAAACCGUCCUUCCCUAAGUGGGCUCGGCAGGAUUUAGCCAAGGUGGUGCCUCUUCUCGAUGAAGACGGGAGAGAGCUGCUGGCAGAAAUGCUGACCUAUGACCCAAACAAGAGGAUUUCUGCCAAAAAUGCACUUGUACAUCGGUUCUUCCGGGACGUCUCCAUGCCAGUUCCUCAUCUCAGACUGUGAUUUGUGCAAAGCAUCAGGCUGGUUGGAAUCGGAGUAACAUCAAAGCAUUAAGGACCGCCUGCCCUGCUUCAGGCCUGUGCCUGCAACGGACAGAGAACCUGGACACUACAGGAGACGAAGGGUCCCUCAGUAUCUAAACGCAGCCUUUACUUAGCCGGACGGAGGUCCUGCUGUUAUGGUUCCAAGUGUUUACCCGUCAUUUCUCAUUUUACUGUGCACGUUUAUGCACAACUGCCAUAUUUGAUCUGCAAUUAAUGAUUCAAGAUGUUCUUUGAUAACGUUCAGGCCAGAACAGUGACUGCUCUUGAGCUUCCCCAUUUAAAUGUAAGUAGCUUUUGGAUGUUUGAGUUUAGUUUGUUGAUUAGAGUCAAAUUAAAUUGAGGAAUUUGUGGGAGUGUGCAAAUAAAGCAAUCUGCAUUCUCUGUAACCUUGAGAGCGAGAGAUGGCUCUCAGCACAACAAUCUGGUGCUGGAUAAACGCCGGGUCGCACCAGCUGUCCUCCGGGCCGACUUUUCUUUUCUUGCAGUUCCGUGCAAACGAUCUUGAAGUGGUUUUAAAGCUCUUCGUUUGAGGCUAAGGUUCUGAUUUACAGUAGUUCACUGUCAUUUUACAGAAUUAAACUUGGUGUUGCAUUGUUCUUACUUUAGAUUUUAUUCAAGCCUAAUGCACAAAUUUUAUACGUAUUGUUUAUAUACAGCUGAAAAAAUAAACUUGUUUAGAUAACUGCUGGUUGUGUCGGAGAGAUUCGAGCUGUUAAAUAUGCAUGUGAUAAAUCUGACAAAUGCAAUAAGCUAUAUCUUAUUAAAACAAAUUAUUUUUACAUUCACUUUCAUAAGCAGAAAAAACUUAAACAGUUUUACUGACACUUGAAGAAUAUUAAAAUAAAAGGUUUGCUAUUCACCAAGUUUGUACAAAUAUUCUAAUUAAUAGUGCCUUCCAAAAGUAUUUACCCUUAAGAUUGUUUUUUUUUUAAACUUUGUCACAUUACAACUGCAAAAAUAAAAAUGUGAAAAGUGUUA